CAAGUUUCCACUCAAGAACAAUAUAGAAAUUAGUUGAUUCCUCUCUUCUCCAGUCAAUCUUCCUCUUCUUUGAUUUGGCCUCUAGGCUUAGAUCAAAAUCAUCAUCAUCAUCAUCAUCUUCUGUUACGAAUUUGCCUCUUAAUUUCCGCUUAAGAUCAACAGAAAUAUAUGUCAAUAAGUCAACUGUUAAACACAUAAACUUCGAGGCAGAUAAUCAGAUCUUAGCUCCACCGGCUCGCUCUUCAUCCUUUCCAUAUCGCAUAGAAAGGUUUCAUGGCUUUUUCCAAGUUUCAGGCAUUCUACAACCACCCUGCAGGACCAAAAACCAUUCAUUUCUGGGCACCAACUUUCAAAUGGGCUGUAAACAUUGCUAAUGUUGUUGACAUUUCAACAAAGCCAGCUGAAACGGUCUCUUACCCUCAGCAAGCAGCUCUAGCCUGCAGUGGACUCAUCUGGGCGAAGUACAGCACCGUAAUUACCCCGAAGAAUUGGAACCUCUUCGGUGUUAGUUUUGCCAUGUUUGUGACUGCUUCUUACCAACUUUCACGUAAAAUUCAGCAUGAAUUCACCAACACAUCUACUGUUGCAAAAGAAUAUUGAAGAGAAUCAUUUGAUCACAGUACUGCACUUGUAAUUUAGAGGGCUUCUCGCAAGACUCUAUUUAUAAAUAAAUUUAUAUUAAUGCGAGAUGUAUUAUAAUAAGAAUUUAAAACAUAAAAAUGUAUCUAUAAUUUGAUAUUAAAAAUAAUACUAAUCAGA